AUGGGUACUAAACCUCCUGUAGGUCUUUCUUCGGAUCCACCGAGAUCGACCUCGAGUACUGUAGCUAGCUCGUCUCCUGCCGGAUUCGAGCCCCACCCUACAGAAGAGGCAUCAUCCUCUAUUUCUACCCCAAGCGGGACAAUAGCCACUCACGAUAAACCAAUGUUGCUCCUACAAUCACAGACCAAUUACGAGUCGGCGGCGCCAGGAAUGGGCGGAAAUCAUUACGGAGCGUACACUGGAAAUAUCACCCCGCCAACCACAAUGGCCGACAUAGGCGUUUUCUCAGCCUCAUUUUCAGUUCCACUUCCGGACUUCCAAGCAGACCAGUCAUUUGCCAAUGAGGACAUCUCCGAUAAUUAUGCUUCCGGUUACGAGAGCAGCCAAUCAAGUUUGACGAGUUUUCAAGCCCCCGACCACGCACAAACACCGGCUUUUCACGAGCCUUACAGUUUUGAAGGAAGCUUUGCCUUACAACAACGCGAGACUUCAAAGCAACCCUACAAUCUGUACCAAGACCAUACGAAUUUGGGACACGAAAAGUACGGAACGCCAGUGACGUCAUACGAGGACGCUUUCCAAGGUUUUACUCCCAGUGAACAGGAAUUCUUUCAGCAUCGGUUUUUGGAUAAUCAAAAGUCCUACUUGAAACAGCCUUAUAAUGAUAAUCAGGAAAUAUUUAAUCAGACCCAUCUGGGAUUUACUGACAUGGAUAACAAACAAUCAGUAUAUCAUACGUACGACACCGCCGGCCAUUAUGCCGCCGAUAAUCCCCCAUUCCCCGGAUUCGCUACUCCUUACUACGGAAAUCAGAGUGUGUCCUGUGCAAAUUCUAGUUUUUCAUUUACGAACCGACCUGUGCCUGCCUCGUACCUAGGCGAUUUAAGUAUUCCGAUGACCUCACAGCAUUUACAGAGAAGACCGUCGUUAUCGAUACCAACGCCACCUACACCGGAUAUGUAA